CUAAAGUAUUUAGUAAGCCUAUUUCAUCCAUAUUGCCAUUGCUUCUUGGGUCUAAUUUUCAUAUUUUUGAUAGCCUUAGCCUUUAUCAAUUUAAAAUGCAGCAAUAAAGCAUACGCCUAUAUACUGGAACGAAUGUCAACAUUGACACCAAUUCUCAAGGUUUCCUGUCACACACAUGCAAUAACACACUCAGUCACACACACACACACACACACACACACACACACUCCCAUAGGCUACUCUCACACACGUGUGCGUGUUCUUACUACACCGCCUUUAAAUAACAAUGCAUUAUCUCGAAGUAUCGUACUGUAUCCACCUCUACCUCCUCAAUGCGUUCUCCUGGCCACUACCCAAACCCUCUCCCCCUCCCUCCCAUCAGAUUUGUGCGCGGUGAACAGUGUGUGUGUGUGCACGGGCUGAGCCUGGAACGGCGACAAAACAGACAGGAGAUAUAAGUCAUUUUUUGGCAAUGACUAAGUGCCACUGCGUACUUCUUGGAGUGUAACCUGGCCGUGCUUGUUGGUGUCUAGACAACGUUUUAUUUUCAAGGUUUUUGAUGCUUCCAACAGAAAUCUCCGGAGGAGUGUGUUUCACCUUAAGCGAGCACUCCGAGGGAAGGCGGGACAGAAUGAAAACGGAGGAGAACCAGUCAUGUCUGCAGCAGGGACCCUCUGCCACCGCUUUCGAGCACGUAGGAGGAGGAGAAGUUUGUGCAGGCUGUGAGUCGCCCAUCGCUGACCGUUUCCUCCUGCGGGUAAACGAGCGCUCCUGGCACGAGACGUGCGUCAAGUGUGCCGUGUGCCUGACCACCCUCUCCGGCACCUGCUACUGCCGUGACCGCCUCCUCUACUGCAAGCACGACUACGAGAAGUUGUUUGUGCGAAAGUGCAGCGCGUGUAUGCAGGCCAUCGGGCGCUCGGAGUUGAUCAUGCGAGUGCUGGGUCAGGUGUACCACCUGGGCUGCUUCAGCUGCUGCGAGUGCGAACGCCGGCUGCAGCGCGGCGAUGAGUUUGUGCUAAAGGAGGGCCAGCUACUCUGCCGCAUCGACUACGAGAAGGAGCGGGAGAUGCUGGCCGCCAUCAGCCCAGCCCCCACCGACUCUGUGAAGAGUGAGGAUGAGGAUGGAGGCGGCAGCUCGCUGGUGGGGAAAGGAGGCGAUGACAGCAAGGAGCACAAACGCUCAAAGCGGCCACGCACCAUACUGACCACACAGCAGCGGCGUGCUUUCAAGGCCUCAUUCGAAGUGUCCUCAAAACCUUGCCGGAAGGUGAGGGAGUCGCUGGCGGCUGAGACAGGCCUGACUGUGCGAGUGGUGCAGGUGUGGUUCCAGAACCAGAGGGCAAAGAUGAAGAAGAUCGCCCGCCGGCAGCAGCAACAGCAGCAGCAGCAGCAGCAGGAGCAGGAGCAGCUGAGGGGCAGCAGGAGAGGACCCAGUCGGGGAGGCCAGCAGAGCAACGACGAUAGCGAGGAUGGCUCCAGUGGUCAUGGUUUGGAUGGACUGCUCGCGUAUCCGGCAAUGCAUCGGCAGCAGCUCUUAGCACUCGACCCGAACAUCUAUGGGGGCGAGCAAUUUCGCCACGGACUCACCCCUCCGCAGCUGGGACCAGAGCAGAUGCACUCUUAUGACUCAGAAACAGUGUUUCAUGACCUGGACAGCGACGGAAGCCUCAGCCAGCUCGGUGACUGUCUCCUAGCAACAGCUGACGGGGGCUUGUUGACAGGCCGCGUGGGAAACCCAAUAGAUCGCCUCUACUCCAUGCAGAGCUCCUACUUCACUUCAUGACCCCCUCACCCCUAUGCUGACCUUGACCCCACAGUACUGCACCACACUGGGGGUAGGACUGCUGAUGGGAGGCCCUCCUGUCAUUGAUCCAUUGCUCAUGCCCAUAGGAUUGCAUUACCACAAGACUGAGAUUUACGCAAUACCAGGACAUGAACCAUACAUGGAGGUACUAAAAUGUUGUUUGGUAUUCUACUGAGAAUCAUGCUGAUGAGAUGAGGUUUUUGUAGGAGACAGUUGUCUAGUGCUUAUAGAUUUCAAGAACAUAUCAAGCACUAAUCAACAGAGGUUAAGAAAAAUAUAGUCUUCUGGGAAUGAAAAGCACUUUGUGAGGGUGUAUGUUCAAUAUACAAACAUUAAACCAGAUUUACAUAAUUGCACCAUAAUGACACACACGUUGAUAUUGCCCAGACUUUUCAUGUUACAUCAGUGCACUAAUUAUUAUUCUUCUUGACUCAAAAAUGAUCUGGUAGUUUUUGUACAAGGAAAAAAAUGUCAUAUCAAGGCAAUCAUCUGAACAGUGAGCAUGUGAUUUUGUCGCAUGAUGUUUAAUGGUGUGAUAGUUCUGUGUUUGAUUUUAUGGAGAUAAGGUUUGUUAUGAGUCUAAAUCCAACGACAGAGAUUGGGAAAUGUAGUAAAAAUGUAAAAUAUAUAUAUAUAUUUGGCACAGUAGCUUUUGUUAUGGUUAUACAUUUUACAGCUUUUUAUACACAUACGCCUGGCUGACUCCUCACACUUUUCAACAUUUACCUCGCCCAAGCACCUUGUGAGUGACUGAAGUUAUGCAUCUUAAAGUAUGCACAAUAAGCUUUGCAUGUGAAUAGCUGCUGUAAAAAUUAUAACCUACAUAAGAUAAAUAAUGUUUUUUCUACAACUUUUUAUGCACUGAAUUUGACUAUUCCACGACUGCAAACUAUGCCUUCUGAACCUUAAUCAAAGUCCCUGAUUUAAGUGGGGACAGCUCUAUAAUACUUUCCCGAUUUUCAUUGCAAAACAAAACAUCCCUGUCUCAUAUUGCAUAUUGUGGUGUAAGGUGUAUUGUAAGAUUAGUCAGAUAUAAAAAAUAUGAAAAGUCUGGGUAACGUCAAACAUUUUUUUAGUGUUUCUUGCUAUUCAACCCUAACUCUUGUCAUAAAAUGAUGCCAUUUCAAACUAAAGUAAUAGGUCUAUACAUAUAAAGAACAAAAGUAAAGUGUCCAUAGGCUUAGGGAAUAGCCAUUUCAUACAUGUUAACAUAAUUCUGGACAAGACUACUGGAACAAACAAGGAAUAAGGAUUGUAUGACAUAUCAAACUGAUAAUUCUAUAUCAAGUGUUUUUUCCUAUGAUUUUAUGUGGUAGUCCCUCACCCCCUUAAGGUCUGCCGUAAUACUGGCAAUGCAUGGUCAUACAGGAACAUAUUACUCAUUAACUGGUGAAGCACUUAAGUCUACGAGGUUAGGGAGUCUCGAUGUGGAUGAGGGGGCACACAUACCACUGUGGUUUGGGAAAUUAUACAGGGAAAGCAGGGGGACUUCUGUGCUUCAGAGACCCAAGUAGGAGUGAACUUUUUAACCCUUAAGCCAGUACAGUCACACCGGUGUGACAGGAAUGUUGGAAAUUUAACGUUCUAAGGAAUAUCUGGGUUCAUUGAAUUUAACAUGGAAUUUUAGAACCUUACAUUGUUGCGGAACAGAAUGUUCUGUUAGUAUGUUCAAAACUCCCCUGCUAUCAAAUAGGAUCUUAAGAUCAGCAAUGACUAAGGGAUUGGUCGACAGUGAGCUGUGAAUAGAGCUAGAAAAUAGAGAUAUGGAGAGCAGACUGACUCAGGUUAUGUGUGCUAGGUCUAUGGGUCACUAUUAGUGUAUCAGUUUGGAUAAGUUUCACAUCCUGUAUAGCUGAACAUUGUUUAAAUAUUUUUUCUGAUAGUUACCAGUCUUCAUUUUUAAAAAGUUAGCAUUGUUUAGUCCCACCACUGUGCGAUGAUAGAAAUGACCUUGGAAGUUGUUCAAAUUAGUAACAUAGUUACAUUACACUUAGAACAGACUGAUUGAGUCAUUAUUGCUAUAAGUGCAAAUAAAAGGCCACUAUAAAAGCUAGUGUCUAAUCUAGUUCCACUAAUGGAAGUUUUAGUUUUGAAACAAGAAAGAGGUAAAGAAUCAGGGUCUCUUCAACUACAGGGUUGUUUUAAAAGCCUGGUACAAACAGGGUUUUAAAUGUGUCUCCUUAGUAUUUGUUUUUUUAAACCCCAUCUCCUGGACAAUGUGAUGAAAAUAUCAGGAUAAUGCAGGGCAAUUGGAAAUAGUGUGAUGAUACAAUGUUUCUGUGUUUGUAAAAAUAAAUGUGUUUGUAUAAUUACUGUCAUCUUAACUUUCACCACAACUGUUAUUGGGUGUAGUCACUGUUUAUUUCUCUUUGUACAAGUAUAUGAUUCUGAUAGAUAUUUUGUACUUCUUCCUUGUGCUAGUGUUCAUAAAUAUUAGAGUAUUUAUUUUGCAGCAUGAUAUGAACCUGAAAUAUUUACAAUAGGCCUGUACAGUUAACUGAUAAAUGUACCAUUUCCCAGAGCAAUGGGACAGUCAUUCUGAGAUACUAUAUUGUGAAUGGGACCAGAUAAAAUGUGAAGGAAAUGUCGCUUUUACUUGGCAUUUAUUGGCGCAUAAUGAUGUUGUAUGGUUAUUUAUUGUGCCACACUAUUACGUCUUCAGAAGAAAAUCUGUAAAAGCUAUUGAAGCCUGGAUUGUAAGGAUCUUAAAAUGCUGGAUCAAAUGCCAUACUUACAAGAACUUUUAAACUUUUUUUUUUAUUUGUUAAUUCUAAUAGGUGAUGUGUUUGUGAAUGGUUUUAUCCUCUCUGCAAUAUAAUGUAAUUUCAGUUUAAGACACAUCUAAUGCUACAUUAUUUCUCCUUAUUGUCUGUGGUGUAAGGAUGUAAUUUGUUCUCCUAUUAGGUAAAAGAAAUGUGUAUUUUGCAACAUAAGUCUUUCCAUUUGACUACCCUCUGUUUUGAUGGCUCA